AAGAUGGGGAAGAAGAGCCGAGUAAAAACUCAGAAGUCAGGAACAGGAGCCACAGCGACAGUAUCUCCAAAGGAAAUGUUGAAUCUAAUUAGUGAGUUAUUGCAAAAAUGCAGCAGUCCUACCCCAGGUCCUGGCAAGGAAUGGGAAGAAUAUGUACAGAUUCGUUCACUUGUUGAGAAAAUUCGCAAAAAGCAAAAAGGCUUGUCUGUUGUCUUUGAUGGAAAAAGAGAUGACUAUUUCCCUGAAUUGAUAAAGUGGGCAACUGAAAACGGAGCAUCCACAGAGGGUUUUGAAAUAGCUAACUUUGAAGAGGAGGGGUUUGGUUUGAAAGCAACAAGAGAGAUAAAGGCUGAAGAGUUGUUUCUGUGGGUUCCUAGAAAACUGUUGAUGACGGUUGAGUCCGCUAAAAAUUCAGUAUUGGGAUCCCUGUAUUCUCAAGAUCGAAUUCUUCAAGCCAUGGGCAAUAUAACAUUGGCAUUCCAUCUUCUUUGUGAGCGAGCCAACCCCAACUCCUUCUGGCUGCCCUACAUCCAGACUCUCCCCAGUGAAUAUGACACUCCUCUCUAUUUUGAAGAAGAUGAAGUGCAGUAUCUUCAAUCAACUCAGGCCAUACAUGAUGUUUUCAGCCAAUAUAAAAAUACGGCUCGGCAGUAUGCCUACUUCUACAAAGUUAUUCAGUUGCACCUGGGUGCCUGUUUGUAGUCUACUACAAAGGAGUUUUU